UUGACAAGUUUUGUUUUGUUGUCACACGAAACGAAGAAAAUGGACGUUAACUGAAUGACAUCAACUGAAGAAAAAUCCGUCUAAAUUUAUCAGUAAAACCUAAAACUCAAAAAUGUCCUACGUAAACAAGAAGAUCCGGGUUUUCAAAGAAGCCGGCGACAUAGAAAUCCACCGGAAACGUUCCGAUGGCCGGAUGAAAACCUACACAUCGGCGACCGACGCCAGAGCUUGGUGUGAUAGCACGGAAGAUCGAAGACAACACAUUUUAGAUUUAGUUAGACAAGGAGAUGGGAAAGGCUUAUCUUUAGGAAAAUACAUACCGAUUGAAGCAAUCAUUGACAUCCUCUUAGCCAAUAAGAAUAACGAUAUUAAAAGACUACAAAGGGAAAUCGAGGAGCUUAAGAAAUUCAUCAAAGACCACGGCCUUCACUACGAGGAAAAACCAAUACAAGUCAUAGAACCUGUGAAGAGCACAGGAGGAGAGGGAACUUCCGGAGUCGGAGGAGCACAGCCUGGGGAGGAGUUCUCAGCCAGGAUGGGCCAAAGUCCUGCAGGAAUUUCCGAUACUGAAGGACGUGGAGGAGUUCCCGGUCCUGAAACACGUGAAGGAGUUUCAGGGGCAGGUGGACGUGGAGGAGUUCCCGAUUCUGAAACACGUGGAGGAGCUCCCGGUGGACGUGGAGGAGUUCCCGAUUCUGAAACACGUGGAGGAGCUCCCAGUGGUCGUGGAGUUCCCGAUUCUGAAACACGUGGAGGAGUUUCAGGAGCAGGUGGACGUGGAGGAAUUCCCGAUUCUGAAACAGGUGGUCGUGGAGGAGUUCCCGAUUCUGAAGGACGUGGAGGAACUCCAGGUCUUUCAGAUGCGAGAGGACGUGGGGAAAUUUUUGAUACAGGACGGGAAAAAGGAGCUGCGGAAACAGCAGGAACCGAUGGCAAAGGAACGAAACCUGGAAGUCAAAAGACUGAACUUUCAGAUCUUGAUGAAUACGAAACAGGGACUACAAGUGGGACUGAUAGGUCAAAACGAAGCGCUUCACCGCCUCGAGGACAACAAGUCGGCAGCAAAAAGGGUGGCCCAAGCGGGCAAUAUCAGGGUGAAGAUUCUACCACAACUGGCGGUACUUCAACUCCAGGUUUUGUUACCGAUAGUAGCGAUUAUGAGGAUCGGUCGUCUCCAAGAUUUCGACCGGUUUCCAAAGAAGAUGAGAAAGCAGCUGCAGCUUUGCUUGCAGGAAAAUCACCAGAUGAUCAAUUGCUUGCUUUGAAGAGUGCACUCGCGGAUGCUGAAAAUUACUACAACGACCAAAAUAGCAUUGCUCACGAAGCGAUCGAGAAAUUGGAAAACAUUAAAGAUAUAGUAGAUGGAGGUGAGGGCAACUUAACUCCGAAACGACCCUCACCUGCACACUCAAAGAAACAGUCGUUUGCUCUUGGAAAAUCACCCGACGAAAGGAAAACUUCUCCCUCGUACGCAGCUAAGGAAUCAUCUGGUGGUGCCAAAGCAGCUACUGGUGCCUACGAUGACGGAAGAUCUAAGAAGGGACAAUCACCAGCUGUUGAACACGCACCAGCUGGUGGAAGAGCCUACGAAGAUGGAGGAAGAUCGAGAGCAGCAACGGAUUCGUCAGCUCCUGGUGGAAAACCAUCAGCGAGAGGUUAUGACCAAAUUUCCGACUCGUGUAAGAACGAGAUCGAAGCCUUGGAGCGUGAAAUCGCAACAAUGAAAUCAAUGUCGUCGCCUGAAUCAAACAUCAUCAAACGUGAAGUUGACGUUUUGAAAAAAUACUGCUCCCAAUUGGCUGCAAUUCAACAGGACAAUGCCGACUUGAAGCGAGAGCGUGAUAUUUUAAAAGAUGGACUAACAUCAGCAGGUGGUGCCGAUAACACCCUCAAAGACAAGUUGAAGAAACUUGAUGAUGUUACCCAAGAACGCGAUCGUUUGAAAGCUAGAGUAAAAGAGUUGGAGCAACAAUUGGGUGGUUAUAGUGGUUUGCCUGAGGAAGUGGACCAGUUUAGGGAGAAGGAACCGGCUUUGGAUUCGUUGAGGGAAGAUGUGAGUGAUUUGAGGAGGCGUUUGGACCGCUUGGAGGGUCUUGAAGAUGACGUCCGAUCCUUAAGGGAUAGAGCGUCAACCACCAUACAACCGGCGGGUGAUUCACUUGAAAAAGAUAAACUUUUGGCUAGAAUUGCCGAAUUGGAGAAGGAAAACGAUAAUUGUAAAUGUAAAUUGAAAGAGAUUGAAAUAUGUAAGGUCGAGAAGAACUGUAUGAAGAUGCGUCUGGAAGACUUGUCGCGCAUUCAGAAAGACUACGAAGAUUUGUUGAAGAAGACGCAAGGUUUUGACGCACUUAAGGCCGAUUGUGCCAUGUAUAAAGCAAAAUAUGAAGAACUGAAGAAGAUGGAAGCUGAAUGCAACGAACUUCGGGCCAAGUGUCAACGAGUCGAAGAGCUCGAAAACGAGAGAAGACUUUUGAUGAAAGAAAUUGAAAAUUGCGAGUGUUGUAUGAAUAAUCAAGAGGACGAAAUCAAGCGCCUGGCCUGCCACAUUGACUGUCUAACCCAAGAUUUGGACAAGAGACAGGAUGAAAUGAAAGUUAAAGUUCUAACAAUGCGAGCGCAUUUAGAAAAGAAGGACUGUCUUAUUGCCAAGUCGGAACAGCAAUUGGCAGACGUCCAAGAUCAGUUGCGAACUUCCAUUGAGAGUCUUUCCUGUGAGACGAAUUGCCUCCGAAACAGAAUCGAUGAAUUAGAAGACGAACUAAAAGCAAAAGAUAAAGUUUGCAAAAAUCUGGAAGAGACAAAUAAAUCCUUGAAACAAAAUCUAGAAAACGAGAAAAACAUGAAAAUGAAACUGGAGGAAGCUCUAAGAAAAGCGAUCCGAAGCGACGAACACUUGAAGCAAAUGCUCAAACAAGCCAAAUGUGCUAUCAAGUGUAUCACCCAAAAAUUGGAAAAGCACGAUAUUGUCGGUAUGGGCCGCUUGGAGUUGGAAAGGGAGAAUUAUUUACGCAAAAUCAAAGAACUUGAAGAAGGAAUGACUGAACAGUCUUGUGGUGCUGACAGAAUUGCCGAACUAGAAGAGGAAUUAAUGCGUUCCCAUGCCCUUAAUAAAUGUCUUAGGGACACUUUAGAACAACUAAAACUUGCCGAUAAUUCGGGUGAGCAACCGUGCGGUGCUGAAAGAAUAGCCGAGCUGGAAGAAGAAUUGAUGAACCUCUCUGCUGAGAAUAAGAGACUCAAGGAUAGUUUGGAGCAGCUGAAAGGAGCAGCUCAAGAGAAUGAAGCGUUGCGUAAAAUUGCAGGCGAGCUUCAAAACGCUGCCAAGUCGCAAGUUAAUAGGCUUGAAGACACGAGUCACGAAUUGGGUGAUCAAUGUGAGGAGCUUCGAGCCAGUUUGGCCGAGAAGGAGAAGCUUGUACAGGAUUUAACCAAACAGUUGGAACUUGAAAGGAAGCGGAGAGAAGAGGCGGAAAAAGCUUUGGAAACUUUGUCGGCAAGUGGUGAAGUUGAUCAAGCCGAGUUGAAUAAAUUAAAAGCACAAAUGAAUGUUUUAAAUGCUGAGAUUGAUCGGCUCCAUUUCGAUUUAGAGAAUCAGAGACGAGAGUGCGAUGAAACGGUAAAUCGGCUCAAAGCGAAAAUGGAACAGAUUGAAAAUGAUAAUCUGAGGUAUAAAAAGUUGGAAGAGGCGCAUGGAGAUGUGAGUACUGAUGCUGAUAGGUACAAGAAGGAAGCGCAGCUUAUUAGAGAAGAGUUGGAUAAGUGUCGGAAAGAAAACGAGGCGUUGAAAGCUGAUUUGGAGAAGUGUAGAAGAGAUGGGGAUAGUCUGAGAAAUGAAUUGGACAAGUUUAAGAAACAGAACGAUGAUUUCCAAUUGGAGAUGGAUAGGGUUAAGAAAGAGAAUGAGUUUCUUAAAUCAGGGCUAGAAAUGUCGAAAGAUAAAAAAAUAAAAAGUGAGUCAGAAAUCGGGAAACUUAAAGAUGAAUUGGCUGUUAAGUCUGCACUUGAGAUUGAAAAUAAAAGCUUGAAAGACGAGACGAAUCGUUUGAAGCAAGAGUUGGCUGCAAAAACUGGUCUCGAGCAAGAAAAUAAAAGUUUGAAGGAAGAUUUGAAUAAGUUGAAGCAAGAGUUGGCGUCGAAAGACGCCCUCGAUAAAGAGAAUAAAAGUUUGAAGGAUGAGCUUAAUAAGUUGAAACAGGACUUGGCGUCAAAAGAUGCCUUAGAUAAGGAAAAUAAAAGUUUAAAAGAUGAGCUUAACAAGUUGAAACAGGAGUUGGCGGCUGCAAAACAAGACACGUCAAAAGGGGAUAGUGAUAAUGAAAAUAAGAGACUUAAAGAUGACGUUAAAAAUCUCAAAUCCGAGAACCAAAGCCUCAAGGAUGAGAAUAAAAGUCUCAAGGAUGAGUUAAAUAAGCUGAAACAAGAGCUGGCUAAUCGAGCUGGGGUGGUGCAGGAUGAUAGUAAAGAUAAGGAGUUUGCCAAAGAACGUGACGAUCUUUUGAAACAAAUUGCCGCUCAAAAGAAAGAAAUUGCCGACUUGUUGGAUAAGAUUAAACAACCGGCCAAGUCUGAAGACACCACGACUCUCAAAGAAUUGGAAAAUAGGAACAAGGAGAAUCAGAAAUUGCGAUCGACGAUUGAAGAUUUAGAAAGGCAGCUAAAGGAGCUCCAGAAAGCUCAAAUGGACGUUCCUAAAGCUUCCCCCGAAAUUGAUAAAGUCGUAAAUGAUCUCAAGCAGAGUCUUGAGAAGGAAGAAGCCCGAGCCCGAGAUUUGGAAGACAAAUUGAAGAAAGCUCAAGAUGAUAAUGAUGGUCUCCGAAAGAAGGUUAAUGAAUUGGAAAAUUCUUUGAAGAAGUGUCAGGACGGUAAUGAAGACUUGAAAAAACGUAUAGCCGAGUUGAAAGCUCAAGGUGACAUUCUUAAAAAGAAAGCGAUAGAACAAGAGAUUGCUCAAAUUCCUGUGGGUGAAGAUGGUGAUAGAGUCAAAGCACUGGAAGCAGAACUAGCGAAACGUAAAAAAGAAUGUGACGAUAUGAUCGCCUCACUGAAAGAACAAUACGAUCGAGAUAUCAAAAACUUGCAAAAUCAGAAUGAAGCAGCGAUUGAUAAAUUGCAAAAACAGCACCAGGAAGAAUUGAAGAAACUAAACGAUGAACGUGAGAAAGAGGCUGGUAAGUUUAAAGAAGAACUAAAGGAGAUGAAUCGAGUGAAGCGAAGUCUGAGUAUUGAAAAGAAGAAACCACCACCGAAACCGAAGAAAGAAGAACCGCCACCAAUUGAAGCAGUUCAAGCCGAAGCAGAAGAACCACCUCCAGUCAUUAAAGAACCUUCCGUCAAAGAGCCCUCCGUCAAAGAGCCCUCCGUCAAAGAGCCUUCCGUCAAAGAGCCUUCCAUCAAAGAACAACCAGAGGAAAAGAAGAAGAAAUUAUCGAUUAAGACGUUCGACGAUGUUUGCAUUUGUGGUAAACUACCAAUGGUUAUACCCAUUGGUGCAGUGUCAGCACCACAACAACCUCCAUGUCCAUGCCCACCACCCCAACCAUAUGUUCCGUACCCUCCCCAAUACCAAAUGGUUCCUCAGCAAAUGCCAACAAUGCCGCCUUGUAUGCAAAUGCCACCACCGCAGAUGCAUCAACCCAUAAUUACUUGCGGCCACAAAGAGGAGAAAGUCAACUCAAUUAAAAAAAUCGUAGAGUUGGAAAAUCGCUUAUUGUUGAAGCAACAACACACCAAGGAGAAAAUUGAUUCGCUUCAAAGCACUGUUAAUAAGUUCAAAAGAGAGUUGGAGCUGGAAAGGCAGAGAAAUAGCGAUCUGGUGAACAGACACACGAAUCAAUCGAAGACUAUCGCUAACAUGAAGGUGGAAAUGGAUUUGGUCAAGAAGGAGAACGUUCAAGAUAAGAGGAGAUUGGAACAAUUGAACAUCACUUUGAAGAAUAUUUUGGAAAAGGGGUCAGGGACAAUGUGUUUGUGUCCUAAAACCGCCGUGAGGAGCGGAAUACCUCAUUUCCAUACCGAAUUGUCUGUGGUGAAAGCCGACGAUAAUAAAUACAAGCAUAACUGCGUCCUGAGAAAAGGUCCUUGUUCGUGUGGUGUUGGUGAUAAGAGCUCCGAUUCCUUUGAUAUAGAUGAGGAAUUUUUUGACGAACAAACCCUAAGCCGUCGUACAUGCGUAUUGAAAAUGAAAAAAAACUUUGCUAUAGGUCCUAGAAGCUCGUCAGAACCUUCCCUUGCCCAAAUACUGCUCCAUUCAGCCGAGUUGGCAAAGCCCGAAACCUUGACAUCCGUUCAAUCGAAUGACAACCAAAAUUUGAAAAGUCGUGUCAGCGACCUCGAAACCACUUUAGCCCAAAAAGAACAAACCGUUGAAAUCCUCCGUGAAAAACUCGACCUCGCCAUGAAAGACAAACAGAUCCUGAAGGACUCCAUAGUGAAGAUCACCAAAAAUUGCGUGUGCGCACUGAAGAACAAGAUAAUGGACGAAGCAACGGCGGAUUUAACAACCAAACUUGAAGAAAAAGAACGCCAAAUCCACGACCUGCAAGAAGAACGAACCGUUCUAAGCAGAGAAGUGCAAGACUGUGAAAACUACAUCAGCAAUCAGGUGGACCAAAUGAAGAAACUUGCUUCGUACAUUGACCGCUUGACCCAAAAUUCGGAAAAACUGCAAGUGGAACGCAAAUCCAAAACAUCAACUGUGUCUAAUCUCAAUGGGGAGAACUGUAGCUGUGACUCUAAACGGAUUAAGGAGCUGGAAGCGAGAAUCAAUCGCUACAAAGCGAGGCUGAACUCGAAAGACGAAAGUAUCAAAUCUCUGCAGGAACAGCUCGAAUUUGAGCGGAUUUCUCGUGAGAAGCUUGAGGAAGCUUUCCUUCGGACGGCAAAAAUUUACGAGGAUUUGGUCCACCAGAACCAAGGUCUUGGAAAUAUGAAGUACGAAUACGAGGCUUGUAAAGCACAAUGUGAGCAGUUUAGAGCCACAUGUGAAGAUCUCCGUUUCAAAGCACGAAAAGUAGAAGAGUUGGAACGAGAGAUUAACCAUUGCAACUGCUACAUGGUGAAUCAAGAUAACCGAAUCACCCAACUUCUGGAAGAUAUAGAAGUGAUGGCGCAACGAGAAAACGAAAUGAAAAUCACCAUCUUAAACAUGGAAACCACUUUGGAGGAAUACAACGAGAAAUUUGAAAAAUGCCAAAACGAGAAAGCGUCCUUGAAGGAUAGAAUAGAAGCGCUUGAAACACAAAUUGAGGAUUACGACAAUAUCGUAGCCCUGAAGGAAGAAACCAAUAAAACACUUGCGGACAAUUUAGAAAAGGAAAAAGCAGCAAAAGCCAAACUUGAAUCUUCGCUUGAUACAAUUGUCAAGACGGACAAACACUUGAAAGAAAUGUUGACACAAGCCAGGCAAGCAAUGAAGACAAUCACCCAAAGACUGGAAGAGUGUGACAUCGAACGGCUGGAAACACAAAGAGACAACCAAAUGAAAAUAUCCGAGCUGGAAAACGAGCUCAUCCUUGCUAACGCCACCAUCAAAAAACUCAAGGAAAAUCUCGACCAAAUGAAAGGUGUGAUGGACAAAAACGUCGCCUUGAGGACACUCUCAGCCCAACUGCACGAAUCUGCCAACCUCCAAGUGGCACAACUCAAAUCAGCGAACGAAGAUUUGUCCAGACGUAGCCAAAAAAUGGUGGAAAUGUACGAUUAUCUCAAGCAGGUGUUGUACGAAAAAGACAAGACUUUUGAGGACUUGAGGAACCACUUGGUGUCUUUGAGACAACGCCUGGAUAACGAACAGAAACUGAGGGAAGAUACGGAAAAUAUUUUGGCUGAUGUGGCAGCUACCGGGGAUUCGGAACUAAGCGAACUUAGAAACGUGAUAAGUGUUCUUAAAAACGAGAUUUGUUGUUUGCACUGCGAAUUGGAGGAUCUGAUGAAUACGACAACGGCAGGUCGCUUGAAAACACGAGUGAAAGAACUUGAAGUCGAGGUUGAAGUUUUAAAGUGCGAAAGGGACAAGUAUCGUAAGUAUUUGGAAAAGGUUUUGCCUGGUUAUGUUGACCCCGAAGAGUUGGAACGUCUCCACAACGAACUGAAUCAAAUGACUGAGGAAACAGCCCGUUUAAAUGAAGAACUCCAAAGGCAGAAGAAACUACGAAUUGAUACCGUGACGGGAUUGCAAAUGAAAAUCGAAAAACAGGAAAAGGAAAAUAAAAUGAUUAAAGAACAAAUCAGGGAAAGCAUAGAACAGAAGAAACGCCGCGAUCCGACUUUACCAAACGUUGUUUUCGUCGAAAAGAAAGACAAAGAGGAUGGCGGUGUUGAAUAUCGAUACUUGUACGGUAUUGCCGAAGAGAAGAAAAAGUCAAUACAGCCGCCCCAACAAGACUAUUACAAAUACGAGUGUUAUACUGUGGAAAAUGGAAUCGAGAAGAGAGUGUUUCUAGGACCUUUGCACUUAACAUACAUUGAUGGUGACGGUGAAGUGCAAUAUUUCUCAAUUGAUCCUAAAACAGCAACUCCCCGAAAGGAAUUCUACGUGAAAGAACGUGGCCAAAACAAGAAAAUUUUAUGGAAUUUGAAGACCGGUCCCUUCAAACUUAACAUAGAAGAAGAGGUCAGUUUGAAGCAAAAAUACGAGGACGCUACUAGAGAAAUAAAUCGGUUGCAAAGUAGACUCGAGUUUGUCAAAACUGAGACUAGCGGUUUGGGCGAAAAACUAAUAAAGGACGCUCGAGACAUAAACGAUAUUGAUUCAAAGAUAACAUCUGCCAUUUCGGAAGCUGUAACUCUGCAAAAACAGUUGGAUAUGCCAAGAAGCAGAAGCCAGGAGUCGUUUUCACAAGAACGUGAAACUCUCACUCGAGAAAUCGAAAAGCAAAAGAGAGAGAUUGCCGAUUUGUUGCGCAAAAUUCAAGACUCCUCUUCGGUCGGUCAUGACGCUCUGAAGGAGCUUGAAAGUAAGAAAGAGGAGAAUGAAAAGUUAAAAACAAUGGUUCGGGAUUUGGAGAGACAGCUUCAGAAUGCCCAGUUUAAGGUUGAGAUACCGAAAAGUUCGCCACAGGUUGAUACUUUAGUUGAGAAUCUCAAACAUCAUCUCGAGAAGGAACAGAAACGAGUCAAUGAGUUGGAAGACUUGUUGCACACGUGUCAGAAGAACGAGAAAGAAGUCAAGAAGGAAAAUGCAAAUCUCAAGUCGGAAAUUACGACUCUUAAAAGGGACAAAAGGAUGUCCACAGCUAGUCAUUUGUUUGUGAAUCAGUUGCAACAAGUCGAUGAUAAUUUAAAGGAUUGGCAAAAUCAGAUUAAUAAUAACGUCUCUCACGUUCAGAAACAAGUCAAUGAUAUCAUAGAUAAAUUGGAAGGAGCGCCGGGAAAUACCGACGUCGUUCAAAAACUUUUGGAGGGUAUUAAACACUUCGAAGCUGAUUUGGUGGACAAUGUUGUUAAUAAAAAACGAGUGGCACUGACUAAUGAUUUGCAAGAGAAACAAAUCAAUGAGUUGGAAAAACAGUUAAGCGACCUACGCCAAAUUAUACACAAUUUGGAAGAAGAGAAAGAAAAUGCUAAAAAGUUGGCACCAACGCAACAAUUGGAGGAGCAGUUGAGAGAAUAUCAACGGAAAAAUGCUGAUUUAAACAGGGAGCUUGAACAGCUCAGAAAGAGUCAAAGAGACGCUCGGAGAAGUAUCGAUUCAGAUUUUAGGCAUAAGAGAAUUUCGGAAGUAAUAAGUAAAGACAGUCUGACUGAUAAAGACGCACGUGUCAAAGAAUUAGAGGACACACUGCACCAGUGGCAAAGAGAUUACGAUCUAGAAGUGGGGAAACUUAAAAAGGAGAUUGAAAAACUGAUGAUGAGAGGAAAUUUGCCACAAGGUUGUGAAGCCCACGAAACGCUAAUAAGAGAAUUGAAGAAUGAUCUUGAAAAAUCACAACGAAAAAACGAAAAUUACGAACGGAAAAUUGCACACCUGGAGGGCGAAAACGAAAAUCUGCUCACAAUGAUGGACAAAUAUGAAGGAUCGAUUGACAGCGCUGCGGAUGAUAAAAAAGUACGAGAUCUGGUCGAACAUUUGCGAGAGCUUCAGAGAAAAAAUGAGGCUCUCAAAACACGGACAAUUCAACUCGAACUGGAACACGGACGAAUGAAAAACGAUCUCGAUAGACUUGUCGGUCAGGAGAAUAAAUCAUACGAGAAGGAAAUGCAACGUUUGAGAGACUUGGAAAGACAGUCGGCAAGAAGUCAGGACAAAUAUCAAAACUUGAAAAAAAGAUUAAUGAAAUUGGAGAUUGAGAAUAAGAAUUUGAAGAAGGAAUACAUCGAUACGUUAAUAGCCAAAGAGAAAAUUUCGCUCAAAAGUCGCGAACAAGAACAGAGGUUGAGAGAAACGAACAAGUUGUUGCGCAAAUGCCAAGACAAGAAGCAAACUUUGACCAUGAGGAUGCUCAAGGCACAGGUGGAUCAUGAUGAUUUGAAGAAACAGCUAGAGAUUGAUUCACAAAAUAUCGAAAAUGAAAAUUGUAUGAAGAUUCAAAAUAUAAAUAAAGAAUUGAUUAUUAGGAACGCACAACUCGAGGAAGAAAAUAAUUAUUUGAAGAAUCUCAUUCCGGAAGAAGAACGGGCAAAAGUGGCUCAGAUUGAAUCGCAAAUGGUUGAUGUGGACGAAGAGUUGAAAAAAUUCAAUGAACAGGCAGAGUUCAAGGCGAGAAUUGCCCACUUGGAGAUGGAAAAUGCUCUAAUGAAGAAGGAACUUGAAGCUGUUAAAGCGAAAGACGUUUCGUCGUUUGAAUAUGAGACAGAGAAACGUUCGGCUGAUAAUUUACAAAUUCGAGCCGUAGAACUGGAAAUUGAAAAUGAAUUUUUGCGGAGCGAACUUACAGACCGAGAAAAAAUUUCAUACGAUAAUGGAAUAAACGAAAGGAAAAUCAACGAACUGGAAGAAGAGAUACAAAGGCUGAACGAAGCCAACGAAAAAUUACAGAUGAAAAAUGUUGACUUGGAACUCGACCAUCAAUACAUGAAGGAUGAACUAGAUCGUAUCUCAAAAGUUCGGCAAAAACUUGAAAGCGAAAUCCCGAGCAAAGAUGUAGAAAAACAAAACCACAGCUUGAAGCUCAAGAACGACCAUUUGGAGCUUGAAAUCAAAAAAUUGAAGGUUCAGCUCGAAAAUAUGGGCAAGGAACAGAUAUCUUUGCAAUCACACAUCCAAGAAAAACGUUUGAAAGAAAUGGAAGCGUUGAUUAACGAAUACGAAACAAUGAGACACACACCAGUGGAACGCACUUUGAAAAGAGAAAAUCUUGACAAUGUGGAGGAAGUUGAGGAGAAAAUGCAAGAGUGGCAAGAACAAUUCCGGCCACAGUUGUUAGACAUGAAGAAAGAUCUUGAGAAACUUAUGGGCAAAAGUCGAAGUGGGACCAAUUUAAAACAGAUUGAGGAACAAUUGCGCGAAGCUAAAACCAAAGUGGCACAUCUUGAAACAGAAAACAGGAAUUUGAAAGUCGAAAAUGAAAUAAUACGCAAAGGGAUUCCAGCAAAUGAGGCUAAAUUGGUCAGAGACGUGGAACAGAUUUUGAAAAAUUUGCCAAAACCUGAAUUCGCACCUAAAAGUGUCGACCAGAAGAAGCUUAAAGACCUGGAGGCACGACUGAGAGAAUGUCAGCAAGUGAACGACCAUUUACGCAAUGAAAAAAUUGCGCUUGAUAAACACGUCCAAUCUAAACGAAUACAAGACCUGGAAACGCAAAUACGUGAACACCGAUUUAGAGAUUCUUCUUCGAAAACUGAUCUUAGAUUACGUGGGCAAAAAUCAAUCAUGCUUGACUUCCAAGAUAUGAGAGUUAAACAAUUGGAGGAUGAACUAGGGGCUUGUCAGAACAGAAACGAAGCAUUGAAAGCCGAAUUGGAGACUUUACGUCGUGAAAGUGUGGCGACAAAUAGCGACGCAAGCACGAAAUUCCAAGAGUGUCAAAAACAGAAUCUACUAUUGAAGGACGAACUGGAAAGGCUUCGUAAAAUCAACGAUUUGCAACAAAAAUUAGCAAAAGAUUUGGACAAACAACUGCGUGAGUGUAAGAUGAAUUUGGAGGAGUGUCAGAGAGAUGUGAAAAGUUCAAAAGACCGAAAAGUCUCGUUUCAUAAUAUUCAUGUCAAUGUUAAUGAUCUUACUACCGAAGAAUUGGUCGCAGAACUGGAACGAUUGAGUAACGAAUGCGAACAACAAAGACGCAUGAUUCACGAGUUGGAAGAAAGUUUGAGGAAAUGUCGAGAAAAUAACAGGGAGUUUAAGCAAGAAAACGACGAGUUGAAGAUUGAGCGUCAAUUUAUGAGACAAGAGUAUGGAGUUCCAAAAGAUGAAAGGUUGAGACAACUUCGAGACGAACAAAAACGCAAAACAGGAGGAACAUCUGACGAUGUUUCGAGAGCAACAGAUGACAUAAGUACCCUUCAAGCCAAGUUGGAACUGAGUGAGAACGAUAAUAAGAAGCUCAAAGAUGAGUUAAAUACUUUGACACAAGAACGAGACAAUCUUUUAAGUGAGAAAUGCGAGUUGCAACAAAAAAUUCAACGUAUGAGCGGUGAUUAUGAAGCUGUUCUCGAAGAAAAGGAAAAAUUGAAUUUGGUCAUUUCUGAUUUGGAAAAGAAAAUUGAAGAUUUGACCAAGCUACAGUUGGAGGUUGGUAAAGGGGAUACUGAUGAUAAGCGCUCCCGGAAACUGGAAGAAACCUUGCAAAAAUACCACGACAAUAACGAAAAUCUUAAAAUACGAAUUGUGCAUCUCGAGGAGGAGAAAACCAAUUUGAAGAAGGAACUGAGUGCUCGUAUCGAAAAAGAAAAGAAAACGCCUGGGAGUGAACAACAAGCUCGACAAAUCAGAAAAUUGGAACAAACCUUGCAAAAAUACCACGAUAAUAACGAGAAUUUGAAGCGUAAAAUUGCGUUUUUGGAGGCCGAUUACCAGGAAAAGCGAGUGGUGGAACUGGAGGAACAAGUUCAAAAGUGUCAGAUAAAUAACGAUGGGUUGAAACAAGUAACAGUGCAACUGGAAUCUGAGAUAAAGUAUUUAAAAGAAGAGCUUGGAACAUUUCUUCAAAAAGAAAAGAAAGUGACCCGGAAACGGCAAACUACAGCGUCCGAAAAAAACAAGCCCAAACAAUCGCUUUUUAUGCAGCCCCCAGUCUAUGCCAUGCCUGUUUUUAUACAACCACCUUUUGUGUCCUACGGGAAUUAUUUAGCGCCACAAGUUGCAAGUACUGGAACUGGUGGUGAUAUUGAACAAUUGUCCCACUUGGUGGAUAAGAUUCAGAGUAGUCUCGAUCAGCGUAGAAAAAAGGCACACAGUGAAAAAAGUGAUAGUGGGGAUGAGGCACUUUCAGAAGAAGUUGAAACGUUCGAUUUCAACCAAACAUUGGGCACAAGUCCAGCAAAGGACUCAAGUCUCACAAUUGAGAGAUUGAACAAACAACUGAUUUUGCAACAACAAACCAAAGAAAAAAUGGAUAUGUUACAAGAGAGCAUAAGGAAAACGUUGAGCGAGUUUGAGCAAGAAUUCGGCGAAAAGCCACCAGUCGGACAAACAGUAAGUGUUAGUGAAGGUUCGAGUGCUGUGGAACCCCCCACAGAGUCGACUGUGGACAAAAAUUCGUUUGAGAAGAAAAAAUAGUCGGUUUUGUGCCGUUUUUGUUUGUGAUCUGUCUUGUGCCGUCUUGUGAAAUAAAGUAUAAUUUUUUA